AAUUAGUCGACCCAGGUAUGGGGCACCCAAUAACCCCAUAGUUCACUCAUUUAAUUGUUCAGCUUUUGACCCUGGAAACACUCUCCUUUGUCCUUUUGAUACCACUUCACUCAUUAUCCAAUCCCACACCCCCCUUGCUAAAAUCCCCUAACCUCUCUAGUCUCUAGUAACUAACAGCAAAGCAACUGGAGCCAAACAACCACCACCAUUCCUCCCUCUACACCAUAAUCACUCACAUUUUCACCAUCUAACUCUACAAAAACCAAACAACUAACUACGUUAGUUAGUCACCACCACCUAAGAAAAACACAAAAAACUAGCUCACACUUAUGGAUCUAUUAACCAUCACUCUCAUUACUCUUCUUUUCCUCACUCCCAAAGGUACCACUGCUUCUUCCUUCACAUUCGUAAACAGAUGCGACUACACAGUCUGGCCCGGCAUUCUCGCAAAUGCCGGUACCCCAUCUCUCGGAAGCACCGGUUUCGAACUUCCACAACAAACCACUCGCACAUUCCAAGCUCCAGCCGGUUGGUCCGGCCGUUUCUGGGCCCGAACCGGCUGCAACUUCGACGGAUCCGGCUCCGGUUCAUGUCUCACAGGAGACUGUGGUUCCGGCAUGAUAGAAUGCAACGGCGCCGGAGCCGCUCCACCUGCCACCCUCGCAGAGUUCACUCUCGGAACCAUAGGCCAAGAUUUCUACGACGUGAGUCUCGUAGACGGUUACAACCUACCCAUGAUCGUUGAAGGCUCAGGUGGGUCCGGUAUGUGUGAAUCUACCGGGUGUACUUCGGAUCUUAACCAGCAAUGUCCGGCGGAGUUGAGGGCUUCAGAUGGAAGCGCGUGUAAGAGCGCGUGUGAGGCUUUUGGUAGUCCGGAGUAUUGUUGUAGCGGCGCGUAUGGUUCACCGGCGACUUGUAGGCCGUCUGUUUACUCGGAGAUGUUUAAGGCUGCUUGUCCUAGAUCGUAUAGCUACGCUUACGAUGAUGCUUCGAGUACUUUUACUUGCACUGCUGCAGAUUAUACCGUUACCUUUUGUCCAUCUUCUCCAAGUAAAAAAUCUUCACAAUAUCCAACUCCAGUGAGCUCAACAACGUUACCAGGGACAGGGACAGUGAUAGGGACUCCUGAGAUUGGAACAGGAUCCGAAGGGGGAGUUGAAUACACGGGUACGGGUGCGGGUACAGACACGCCGAUAGGGUAUACAGUACCGGUUAAUUCAGGGGCAGGAUCAGGAUCUAGUGCAGGAUCUGGAGGAGAGACUAUGCUUGCUGAUGGGUCAUAUUUAGCUGGAUUAGCAAUGGGAGAUUCCUCUGCAACAGCUUGUUCAGUGUUUCACUACUCUUUUGGCUUAUUGCUUGUUAUGUUCUUGCUUUAGUUGUCUUUAGGUGUAAUAAUGUUUUCGUUGUAUUUUGGUUUGUAAAAUGUAAAUGGGUAUUUAGAUUUUUGGGUAUUUGGGUUUAUGAAUUUUGUUGUUGUUGUUGUCCACUAAAGCUGGCAGAUUCUUCUUGUUGUAAACCACCCACUAUAAGAUUCGUUUGAAAAAUUAUUCUGUCUUUCAAUUGUUAAA